AUGUUUGGACCAAGUCUAUUCACUUUCCUAGUCGUCUACAUCUUCACCUUCCAACGCACUCUCUAUGGACAGCUCAGAGUGAACUUCUUUCUCACUGAAGGAAUCUGUGGACCCACUUUUACACUCUUUGAUUAUCCUUCCAGUAUCGUCUUUCCUGUCGAAGCCAUGCAAAGUUUGGAAGGCUGGAACCAACCUGGUGCCCCACCAGCUGUGCAAAUAUAUUACUACUUCUUCAGAAUUCCAGGUUGCAACCUGAGACAGAACGGGCGAUCUAGCGCCGUGUUAGCCGCCCUGAGCACAAUGAAUGGCACAGCAGCCCUGGAUAACGAGUUUGCUGUCUUCAUUGGCUCAUCCAGGACAGGCGACUGUGGCCUUGUGUCUGAUUGGAUAUCCCUGGGUGACCAGGGUGAUUUGCAAGACCUUGGCCUCUAUGAAAUCAGCUAUGUAUGUCGUAGGAACAUUAGGGCUGAGGCCCUUGCCACCGUAGUCGACGGUGAUGACCGAAAACCCUUCGGAGCCUAUAUGAACUCUUUUAGCACGGCGUUGAAUACGAGAAAGUAUCUAAAGGCUUUGACUGUUUUGUUGUACAGAUAUCGCUGCAAGUACGUUGUUAUGUUUUAUGAGCUCAGUUCCGAUAUAACGGACAAUGAAUUUUUCGCCAAUGAGUUGUCAGUCUUAUUGGCCAAAGGUGAAUACGAUAAUUUUGAAGUCAACUACGGUACCAAUGAGAUCCGCGGUCUGUACGACAUGUUCAUUUUCUCUCUUAAUCUGGAGGUUUCACGCGGCCGCCGCAAUGUCUCCCAGAUGACUUUCGAUGAGAUUUUCCUCCUGACCGAUGUAGUUCUUUGGCCACUGAUUGCGGUACAGCGUGUGGCCGACAAGGUUUGGCCUGGGGACAGCAAUGGGCCUAGUCGCAACCCCUGCCUAAUUUAUGACUGUGAAAUGGCCGGCAGCGUUCAGGAAAUUACUCUCAUUAUAUUGGGAGGAAUAAUCAUCAUCGGGGUGAGCAAUCUGGCCAGGAUUGUCUACGUUAGGUAG